AUGGACGAGAUCAAGACCAGCACAAGGUCUAAUAUCGGAAUAAUACAUCAUUGUAGCAGUCGUCAAUCUCGAGCAGAUCAACCACGAAAGACAAGUUUUGCAGAAUGCGAAAUCGGCAGUUCGAGAAAGCGAAAACUUUCCGCCAGCUGCUGCUAUGAACAACCGUGUCAUCUGAAAGCAGCCCAAUCACCAGAACCCCUGGCCAUGAGCCCUGCAGUAUACCUGUCAGCAGCCUUGCGCAACAAGGGUAUCCCCUCUAGAGUUAGUCACUUGUCGCUAGAACAAGCCAUUUACUUUGAGCCAUACCGGGAGGCUCAAAUACCCGCCACGAUAUUACGAGCCCUGCGUUCGAAUGAUUUCACAGGGUUAGAAGGCGUUGAGAUGGAGCAACUGAGGCGUCAACGGAAUUCCUUUGGAGAAACCUUGACUCAUUUGGUGUGCCGAUCGGGACUUACUUCGGCUCAGUUUCUCAUUGAAAAAGUCGAGAUUCCUCUUAACGUACGAGACAAGUUUGGCCGAUCACCCUUGCACAAUGCGUGUUUGGCAGCCAUCCCCAACUUUAACACGGUUCAGCUGAUUCUGAAACACGCUCCCAAGUUGGUGCUGUUUGAAGAUAACAAAGGGCGAAUCCCGUUUGAUUACAUUUCGGCUCGCAAUCGUUCCAAAUGGAGUCGGUUUCUAUCGGAAGACGGCGUACUAUCGCAACUUCAAACAGCACUGAAAAAGGAACAAAAGAAGGAAGGCUCUGAAACGAUUGACAAGAUUCUAAGAUUAUCAUCAGCAGCAGGUUCCACGAUUAACAAGAAGGACUAUAAGGGUCUGGCGCCAAAUCAACCAAAGGAAUCAUCGCAAAACCCUAGCGUGAUUGACGGCAACGGAAGACCAAACGAAUGCAUCAUGAAGCUGUUCUCGAGGAAACCCAUUAGCUUUGCAUCUCCUCUUCCGACACCGGAGGCGAGAGCCUCUGCACCCCUGAGAGUGAAUCUAUGA